CCUCCUCCUCCUCCUCGCCUGCGCGUGCGCGAGGCGGCUCGGCGGAUAUGGACAUGCGAGCGACGAUCCAAAACGGGUCUUACGCGAGGUGGCACAGCGACCUUCCGCCGCGAUUUACGCGGGCCAUCUACGCGGCAAGCCACAGUGGGAUGAGGGCACCGACGCGCAAACUUACGCGGGCAGCGCUUACGCGCCAAUGUCAACGAAGACAACCCCUGUUUCUGUUGCGUCGUCCAUGUUCUGGCGGCGGACAGACAUCCCAGCGCGGAGGAGGGCGAGGACGGCGAGAGCGAGGAGAACCGCACGCAGCAGCGCGGGCCGGCUCCGCUCGACCAAGCUGAGACAGAGGAGGAGGAGGAGGAGGAGGAGGAGGAGGAGGAGAGAGGGGUGGGGGGGAAGGGGGCGAAGCGCGCGGUCUGUACCACGGGAGGCCGACCCACACGGGCAAGGGCACGAGGGCGGCUGCCCUCACGUGCUGCCCCUCUGCACGGGAGCGGCUGCCCUCACGUGCUGCACCUCUGCACGGGAGCUCAAACGCCGUGCAGCCCCCUGCAGGACCGAGCCCCACUUCGGGGGGGCCGGAAGCAGGGCUGGCGGUGCCCCGCCCCCCUCCCCCACCCCCCUCUCCGCGCGUCCCAAAGGGCGGGGAGGGAAAAUGGUAAGCUUCAGAGGAGUUCUUCAAAAGUUGAUGGGCCAAGCCCUUGGCAGACCGCCCCGUCCGACGCUUGCUUACACCCCGCGGCUUUCAAAGGCCGGGGCGGCUGGAGGCCACCACAAACUGCACUCCAGGCUCGAUCACGGGGCGGCACGGGCGGGCGCACCAGGAGUCCAGGGCGCCUCGGCACGCGUCAGGUGGCGGUCGAAAAACCUCGGCGCGCGGAGCAGCAGCCGGAGCGAGCAAGAGCUCGGAUUGGAGACGUUAAGGUGCGCCGUGCUGGCGAGUCGACAAAGGCUCGCACCGGCAGGCUGCGCCGUGGCUGCGCGCGGGGGCGCGGUCUGUGCCUCCCAGCUCUCAUGGCUGGUGCCGCCGGUGCGGCCUAGAGCCGCGGCGGCGGCUGCGGCAGCGCGGCACGUGCCGCGCGGAAGGUGCGGAAGGCAGGUCGAAAACGCCCCCCGCCCGACCAGACACGGGCGGAGGGACAGGAGCGAAGGCACUCCUGCAUGACGCGGGCGGGGCCUUUGCGCCCGCCCGCGCGCGCGCACUCUGCCCGGCACCUCUCCGCGCGCCCGCCGUGGCGCGCUAGGGCUCCUCGGGCUCCGCGCCGUCGGCACGCCCGCCCGCGCCCAGCGCGCCGUACUCCUCGGCGCCGCUCGGGAUCAGGAGCGCGCCGGCGCCUGCCAUAGCCAGGGCCACCGCGCCGCAGGCCAUCAUAGCUUGGAGGGCCAGCGUAGGCGCCACGAAGCUCUCGAGGGCCGCGAGCGUGACGUGACAGAUCUGCUGCCCGACCACAAGGCCGCAGUUCAGCAGGGCCAUCUGCAGCGCGGUGCUCACGCGGAGGCCCUGCUCUUCCGCCGCCCUGUUACUGGCGGCGAGGAGGCCCCAGGGGAUGCCGUGCGAGCCGACGAGGGGCAACACCGACAGCACCAUGCAGGCCGUCGCGAGGUCGACGUUGUGUUUCACGAAGAAGGCGGCCGCGUAGCUGGCGCCCGCCCCAGCGAAGAUGCAGGCGGCGUAGACGACCUUGGGGGACAGCCUGGUCCUGUAGAGGGCGACGACGACGAGCAGGGCGCUGAGCAGCUGCAGCAGCGACUUGCACUGCCCCCCGUAAGCGAACGCCUCUUGGCCUAACUCGUACGACCGAUGUCACGGGUCCCGAGACCGAGAGCAAACAGGGCUUCCCUCCUGCCCCCCUCCCCUUCCUGGAGUGAGGAUGGGGGCC